AUGGCUGCUGAGACGACGUCAUUUCUCCUCGGUUGUGGAAUGGCAGUCGGAUUCAGUUGCGGCUUUGGCGGAAUGGGUAUGGGUAUGGGUAUGGGUAUGGGCGGAAUGUACGGUGGCUAUGGUGGAUUUGGAUUCCCUAUGUACGGUAUGGGUAUGGGAUAUGGUAUGGGCUAUGGCAUGGGUUAUGGAUCAUACGGUAUGGGAUAUGGAUAUGGAUACGUUCUCAUUAAAAAGGACUACAUGACUACGAACUUAAUCAAAAGCAGUGCUGGAAAAGGGGACAAAUUGUUGGUCACCGAGCCCGGUAUAAAAGCUCCAGCCGGCAACGUUCUCAGCACGUCAAUGGCGACAAUGCGUGUAACUCUAGCGCUUGGCGUAGUACUACUUGCAGUAAUAACCGAACAGAUCUCGCUUAGACGUGCGAAACGACAAUGCCCUUGUGCUGAGCUUACAAUGAACUCCUGCACCUGCGAAGCUGGCGCGACAACACAGUGCACCUGUAUGUCACCGGUCUCGCCACCGUCGUGCUCCUGUGCCGCAAUCACACAGGCAUCGCUCUGUCGACCAGCUUGUCAGCAUAGCUGCGUCUCGACUUGCUCAAAGAACUCACCGAACUCAACGUGCCAGUCAUCGUGCAGAUUGACCUGCUCCCAGUCAUGUAUGCCGCAACAAACCAUACCAAUACGUGUGGUGGUUCCAAAACCUACGUCGUCGAUCCAAUGUGCUCCUGUUUGCCAGAAGUCCUGCCGAAACUCAUGCGCUGGGCAGUCCACUCCGGCAACAUGCAUGCUUCUAUGUAAACAAUCUUGCGAACCGAGUUGUGUGCAGGCUGUUCCCUCUUCCCGAUGUGCCGCCGUUUGUAUGCCGUCGUGUGACCGAACGUGCGUUCAGCAGUAUAGUAUCACAAUUUCAAAGAUUCUCCAGGAACGGAAGAAAGUAGAGUUUAUACCCGUGCUAUCGCCUGGUUCCAGCAGACAGUGUGCUUCUCCUUGUAUGCCAGCCUGUGCUCCAAUAUGUGUGAAGGAACACCAGGUCGUUAAUCAGGCAGCACCGCCAAUUCUAUCUCAGUGCGUAACCUCAUGUAUGCCUAGUUGUACGACACAAUGCAUCCAGGAGCAGCAGGCAGUUCUCACUCAGCCGUCGGUGCCAGCUCCACAAUGCGUCACGCCCUGUAUGCCUAGUUGCACGACCCAAUGUAUUCAGGAGCAACAAAUAACGAUAACCUUACCACCACCAGCUGUCCCAGUUCCAAUCCAACCUGUACCUCAAUGUGCGACCGCAUGUAUGCCAGCCUGCGAACCUCAAUGCAUUCAGGAGCAACAAAUAAUAAUAAAUCAACCGCAAUCAUUACCUGCACCAGCUCUACCUCAAUGCAUCCAGGCCUGUACGCCAAGUUGCUCACCUCAGUGCAUCCAAGAACAGCGAGUAAUUGUUGCCGAACCGCCAACGUUUGCACCAAUUAUGAGCCCUGCUCCUUCGCAGUGCAUUCCAGCGUGCAUGCCGACUUGUACCACACAGUGCAUUCAAGAACAGCAAGUAGCGAUUAAAAUCAUAACCCAACCGUCGACUCCGCAAUGUGUCGCCAACUGCAUGCCAAAUUGCGCACCUACAUGCAUCCAAGAUCAACAAAUUAUAGCGAGUCCAGUUGCAAUUCCAGCUCCAGCAGCUCCUCAAUGCAUUUCUCCCUGUAUGCCAACAUGUGCAUCCCAAUGUAUACAAGAGCAACAGCAAGUGAUCGUAGCCCAGCCUGGAAUAGCUAUUCCUCAAUGUUUAACCGCAUGCAUGCCCACCUGUGCUCCAUCAUGUAUUCGACAGCAUCUGGUUCCAGCCCCGUCGCCGAAAACAACAGCGACAUGUAUCCCGUCCUGUCAACCAGCUUGUGAUUUGAACUGCGUAGGAACGCUCAACCUGAACAUCACCCUGUACCAGUCUACACCUAUGCAAGGCGAGCAAAUUCCUCCAAGUUUGCCUAUCGUCCCAGGAUUGUCCCAACCAUCGCCCGGAUGUUUGCCACAAUGUCAACCCACGUGCGAGGAACAAUGCAUGCAGAUUCAAACUCCUGUUGUUGCACCGAUAGAGGUCCCAACCAUGGGACAGGAACUCGCACAACUUCCAAUUCAGCAACCAAGCAGUAACUUCUCUAUCAGCAUCAUCUUUGACGAGGAACAACCGCAAUGCGAUCAGCUUUGCAUGCCGUCUUGUACGCCCAAUUGUUUGGAACAGCUUCAUGCUCCGAGCAUAGAAACCAUCAUAGUACCUGCACAGGAGCAGAACAUCCAAUGCGUGCCGGAAUGCAUGCCAGCAUGUGAGCCACAGUGUCAAGCAGCAAUUGUCGCGCCGGCGCCAAUGAUUCAGCACACGACCUGUGUACCUCAAUGUGAACCAGCAUGUGCUCCUUCGUGUACUGAAACAUAUAAGGAAGUGCCAGCAAUCGUGGGCAGUUGUGCCCCUUCAUGCCAACCAGCUUGUGAACCGCAGUGCAUCGAAAUGCAAAUCGAGAUCCCGCUACAGUGUUCGCCUCAGUGUUCUCCUACCUGCGAACCGCAAUGUAUGCAACAAUAUCCAUUGGAAUCACCGAUCGAGCAGGGUCAACAAGCCGUAAUCACGCUCCCGUUGAGUGCAGCUCCAUCCGGACAAUGUGCGUCCGCUUGUCAGCCAACAUGCAACAGCCAAUGUACACAAGACUACCAGUUCGAAAUUAUUCUGCCGCAGAAUGAUGACUGUAUGAUUCCUUGCGGUCAAAGUUGCCUAAAAAGUUGCGAACAACAGAAUCCACAGACUUUGCAAUGUCAGAACGCAUGUCUUGACACGUGCACGACAAGCUGCAUUGAGAGUCCCCUGACGUGUCCCAAUUGCCCGCAACCACUUCGGAUGGAGAUUAUUUUACAGGAACCUAUGGAGGAAACUGUCACCUGCGCAUACACGUGCGCGCAACAGUGUACGGAACAGUGCAGUACUCGAGCAAAUCCGAGUGAAUGUCAGCCAGCCUGUCAAGUAGCUUGCGAAAAAGCAUGUCCACUACAGGUCCAACCGUGUUCCUCCAGCGGUGGUUCGUGUAGCUGUACUAGUGGAUUCUAUGGCUGUGGUAUAGAUCAGUGUUGCAGACGACGGCGAAGACGUUAG